AUGUGGGAAGCACAGGUCACGGCUUUGGUGCCGAGUAGUGUUAACAGUGGCAGUACUACCGUGCGGCUAUACGGAUUCCGAACUGACCGCCUUAGUUCAGUUUCUUGGAGAAAAUGUGUGGGAGGGGGUCGCUGUACUCUCGGAGCCGACGACAUCCCUAGGGCUUGCCACUGCAGCCAUGGCCCCGUCCGUACUGUUAACAUGGACCGGUUUCGCCUGCUGUUCAAUGCGUCGCCGGGGUCAAAUUUGCAUGUUGUUCGUAGAGAAGACGGAGCACACGGUGACGGCAUUGUUGUUCACUGUAUGAAAUGCGGGCUGAUCCCUAGUUUCACCAAGAAAACCGAGAAGCCCGAUCAUUAUAAGAUGCAAGCUUGGAUUGUGUUGAGAUGUGAUUUGUGUUUGAAGAAGACCGAGUAUAGCCGCGCGGCUAUACUAUUGCUUUCCCAAAAGUUUAUGUCGUUUCAAAAAACUGAAUUCAGCCUCGCGGCUGUACUAUUUCUAGCCGCACGGCUAUACUAUUUCCGGACGUGGGCUUUGAUCUAA